UAUAUAUAUACAUGUUUUACCUUUGUGUAUUAGUAUAGUGUUCACACCACUUAGAAUUUAUGUACUAAAUUUCAUCAUAACUUAAUCUAGGUAGCUACCACACACCAUGGCUGAAAUUAACUCUCACACUCCAACAAUUAGCCCAACAAUAAGCAAACCAUGUAACAAUAAUCCUCCACAACAUGGUCUCAAUUUAAUGGUUCUAUUAGCAGCUAUAAUAUGUGCUUUAUUAUGUGCUCUUGGUCUCAACACAAUGUUACAAUGUGUGUUCCAAUGUGCUAACCGUGUCCUUACUCAACCUCUACAUUGGAUUGCUUCUAGAAGGAUCAAUUCAGGACUAAAGAAGAAAGAAAUGGUUGCUUUGCCAACAUCAAUUUAUACUAAUUCACCUCAUGAAUCCCCUCUUUCUACUACAUCUUUGGAUUCUAAUUGUGCCAUUUGCUUAGAGAAGUUUUGUGAUGGUGAUAAGAUGAAGUUGCUACCAAAGUGUAAUCAUCAUUUUCAUGUUGUUUGUAUUGAUAAGUGGUUGCUUUCUCAUUCUUCUUGUCCUACUUGUAGGAACAUCAUCAACUCCAAUGAUUCCUGUUUUUGCAUUUUAAUAUCAUAGUUUUUUUUCUUUUUCUUUGUAACUGUUUUAGUAUCAUACUAGAUACUAUCUAUGUCUCUUGUGCUUGUAUUUUUUUAGGAAAGAAAAUGUUUGGAUCACAAUCAAACCUUUUUUUUUUCAA